AUAAGCCAAUGUGAACCCAAUUGCCUUGGCCUUGUGCUAUCUCCUUGUGGAGUCAUGGGUCAAAUGAAUUGUCUUACAGUUAGAAACCCAGGAAUUGCUUACGAACCUGAGUCUGGGGAAACAAAUAAAUAAAAGAUGGCCACAAAAAAGAAAAAAAACGAAAGAACGAAGGAAACUGAAGACGAGGACGGUGACGUUGAGGGAAGGCGAUCGAAAUCGAAAAGCAAAUCAAUCGCGAAUAGAGACGUCCCUGACAGCAAGCAGAGGAAAUCGAGGCGGAAAGAGGACUCUGAGGCCGAAGGAAAAGAAUCCAGUAAGAAAAAGAGCAAGAAAGGGGGAGAAACAAAUGAAGAACUAAAGAGGAAGAAGAAGCGAAAAAAGGACAAAGAGCCUUUACAAAAUGAGGUGACUGACAAUGAGAUCGACAGUCAAGAAGAGCGGAACAAUAAUGUCACAAACGAAAAGGAGCAGAGAAAGAAAAGAAAUAAGCAGCCUGAGGAUGAAGAAGUGAUUGUUGCUAUCAGAGAAGAGAAGAAAAGAAGAAAGAAAAAGAACUCAUCUGCUAACGGUGACCAAGAAGAAGAAAUGGGAUCCAAAGACCAGAAGGGUGGUAAGAAAAAGAAGAAGCAAGCUGAGGAUGAGGAGGAGAUUCCUGAUGAGGAAGAGGAAGAAAAUGAAUCUAAGAAGAAAAAGAAAGGCAAAAAAUCUAAAAAAGAUUCGGCAGACAGUGAUGAUGACAAAAAGUCUGGGAAAAACAAGAAAUCCAAAACGAAGCAGAUUGACUACGCUGAGAUGUACGAGAAAGAGCUGGUGAACUAUCAGAGUGAUUCAUCUGACAGUUAUGAGGAUGAGUACUACAAGAAAAAAGUCUAUGAGGUGGUGACUGUCACUGGGGAUGUCAGAGGGGCAGGCACAGAUGCUAACGUUUUUGUCACCAUUUUCGGGGAAUAUGGCGUCACUCCCAAGGUGCACCUGGCCAGCAAAAGCAGAACAGCUUUUGAGAAAAACAAAACAGACGUGUUCAGGAUCAAAACAAAUAAUGUCGGACCCAUAAAAAAGCUAAGGAUUGAGCAUGACAACACAGGCUUAAGCGCCAGCUGGUUCUUGGACCGGGUGGUGGUGACGGACAUGAACCGCCCCCACCUCCGUUUCUACUUUCCCUGCAACAACUGGCUGAGCAAGGAGGAGGGGGACGGUCUGUAUGUGCGCGACCUGCUGGGUAGCCUCAACCCCAUGGAUGUGCCCAAACUAAAUAAAUACAUUGUAAGUGUAUUUACUGCUGAUGUCAAGGGCAGUGGAACAGAUGCAGAUGUCUUCCUAAAUAUUUUUGGAGAAAAUGGAGACACAGGAGAGAGACGGCUUGACAAUGACAAGGACAACUUUGAACGUGGGACAGAGGACAAGUUUACUAUGGAAGCUCCCAACCUUGGGCGGCUACAAAAAAUUACCAUUGGCCAUAACAACAAGGGCUCUUCUGCAGGGUGGUGUCUAGAUAAGGUUGUCGUUGACGACUUGGGGAACAAGGCCAUGUAUGAAUUCCCAGUAAACCGAUGGUUCGCCAUGGAUGAGGAUGAUGGGAAGAUUCAAAGGGAUGUGCUGGUGGGAAGCAGCCAGCCCACAGGUAUUGUGUACAGCAUCCAGGUGACGACGGGCAAUGUCAGGGGCGCUGGCACCAAUUCCAAGAUUCACAUAAUCAUGCACAGCACCAAGGGCCUGAAGAACAGUGGGAAGGUGUUUCUGGAGGGUGGCCAGUUUGAGCGUGGCCUCACCGACAUCUUCAAUAUGGAGGUCACCGCCCUGCUCAGCCCUCUCAGCCGCGUCACCAUUGGCCAUGACAAUGCCGGCGUCAGUUCCGGAUGGUACUGCGAGAAGGUCGUUGUAUAUUGCAACUUCACCGGCAUUGAACAGACAUUUCCGUGUUGCAAAUGGAUGGAUGAGGAUGAAGGGGAUGGGCUAAUUGAGAGGGAGCUCUAUGAGAUGGUCUCGCUGCGGCAGAAGAAGCAGAAGAAAUACCUGUGGUCUCUCUGGAUCUGGACCUCUGACGUGAAGGGGGCCGGGACUGAUGCCCAGAUCUUUCUGCAGGUUUUUGGGGAGAAGGGCAAGUCCGAUGAAAUGAAGCUUGACAACAACUCCGAUAACUUUGAACAGGCGCAGACCGAUAAGUUUAUGAUUGAAAUGCCUGAUUUGGGAAAGCUCUUAAAAGUACGUGUCUGGCAUGAAAAAAGAAAUCCUUUUUCGGGAUGGCAUUUAAAUAAGAUUACGCUGUUGAAUACACUGACCAAGGAGAAGUAUUCAUUCCUUUGUGGACGCUGGUUGGAUAUCAAUGAGGAUGAUAAUGAGAUCAUUAGAGAACUUCCUGCUACGGGGAAGUGUGUGCCAGAGCCUUUGCCACUAAUAAAGUAUCGCAUCACCAUCUGCACUGGAAAUGUCAGUGGCAGUGGGACAGAUGCCAGUGUCUUCCUCUGCCUCAUUGGGGACUUGGGAGACACUGGGGAACGUGUCAUGUUCACCAGCAAGAACAAUGUUAACAAGUUUGAGAAGGGCAAUGCAGAUGAGUUCCUGAUUGAGGCAGUGUUCCUAGGACAAGUACGGAGGGUGCUGAUUGGCCAUGAUGGCCGGGGCGGAGGCUGUGGUUGGUUCCUAGACAGGGUGUUGGCACGGGAGGAGGGGCAACCUGAGAUCCAGGCAGUAGAGUUCCCAUGUAACAGAUGGCUUGAUCAAAAUGAGGAUGAUGGUCAGAUUAUCCGAGAGUUAGUGCCUGCUGGAGAUGGACAGCGCCUUCACAAUAUCAGCUACCACAUAAUAGUGAAGACGGGCAACAUCAGUGGAGCCAGUUCCGACUCCAAAGUCUUUGUAAAGCUUUAUGGCGAGAAGAGUGACACAAGCAAGAUGUGGCUAUUAGUCUCUGAUAAUGACCUGCGGAACUACUUUGAAACAGGAAGGACCGAUAUAUUUACUGUUGACACCCGUGAUAUAGGAAAAAUCAGUCGCUUGUUGAUAGGACACAACAAUGAAGGCCUGCGAGCCGGAUGGUUUCUGGACAGUGUGCAGAUUAUGGUUCCGGUCCAUGGCUUUAUGUACAUGUUUCCCAGCCAUCGCUGGCUGUGCAAGGAUGAGGCUGACGGGAAGGUCGAGGUCGAAAUAUACCCAAGCGAGAUUUUAGAGAUUGAGAAACUGACCAACUAUGAAAUUACCGUAAUCACCGGUGACCUUCGUGCCGCUGGAACCAAUGCCAAUGUCUUCAUCCAGAUUUAUGGGGAUACAGGAAAAACAGAACUGAUUACCCUGAAGAGCAGGUCAAACAACUUUGAGAGAGGAACAACAGAGAUAUUCAAGAUUGAAGCUUUGGAUGUCGGAAAGAUCUUCAAGAUCAGGAUCGGUCAUGACGGCUCGGGAAUUGGCGACGGAUGGUUCUUGGAAAGCGUAGACAUCAAGCGGCUCACCAUGGCCAUGGUGAAGAAAGAAGUAAAGAAAGAGGACAAGAAGGACAAGAAGAAGAAGAAAAAGAAGAAAGAUGAAGAGGAAGAGGAGGGAGAGUCUGAGUUACAGCAGGUGGUGGAGACCUACCUUUUCCAAUGUCAGCGCUGGCUGGCUCGGGACGAGCAGGAUGGCGAGCUUGUGGUGGAGCUGCUUCCGGAGACUGGAAGCGACAUAGAGGAGAACUCAUAUGAAGUGCAUGUCUUCACGGGGAGCAUGUGGGGAGCAGGAACAGAUGCCAAAGUUUACGUAAAUAUUUAUGGGGAAAUGGGGGACACUGGAGAGCGAUAUUUAAGGAAGUCCAAUCACCUCAAUAAGUUUGAAAAGGGGCAGGAAGAUAUAUUCACUGUCACUGCAAUCGAUUUGGGGCCACUGAAGAAGAUGCGAAUUCGCCAUGACAACAGCCAGGGUAAUUCAGCCUGGUUCCUGGACCGCGUGGAAAUAGUGGACUGCAAGGAUGAUACCACAUAUUACUUCCCCUGCAAGCGAUGGUUGGCCAUUGACGAGGACGACGGGCAGAUUGCAAGGGAGCUGGUGCCAGUCGACGAAGCCUUCAUGAAGAUGGACGAUGAUGACGAAGAAAGCUCUGGAGCCACCCUAGGGCUGGAACAAAAAGCCAUGUCAACCACGUACACCCUGAGAAUCAAGACAGGAGACAAGAAGUAUGCCGGUACCGAUGCCAAUGUCUUCGCUAUCCUCUGCGGUACAAAGGAUGACACAGGAUUAAUAAAUCUCAAAGCCUCUAAGACACACAAAAAUAAAUUUGAGCGAGGCAUGAUAGAUGAGUUUACAGUAGAAGCUGUUGAUCUUGGCACCCUUAAAAAACUUCGCAUUGGACAUGAUGACUCAGGAGGCUCAACCGGCUGGUUUCUGGACUGGGUUGAAAUCGAUGCGCCGUCGCUGGGCCAGAAGCUGCGCUUCCCAUGCGGCCGCUGGCUUGACGAAGGGGAGGAUGACGGAGCCAUCGUCAGGGACCUCUUCCCUGCAGUGCUGCAGACUGAGCUGUACACUCCCUUUGUGCCUUAUGAGAUCAAAACAUACACAAGUGACAUCUUUGGAGCAGGGACUGAUGCUGACGUGUUUAUUGUUUUGUAUGGACGAGAUGGAGUCAGCACACAACAGAAGUCCCUUUGUGUCAAUAAAAGGGAGCGACGUAUGUACUUUGAGAGAGGUGCUGAAGAUAUGUUUAUUGUCGAGCUGGAGGACAUUGGAGAUAUCAUUGAAAAGAUCCGAAUUGGUCAUGACAACAGGGGAGUUAACAGUGGCUGGCAUUUGGAUCGAGUUGAAAUCAGGAGACUCCUUAGAAAGGGAAAGGGUUCGGAGACUGUUAUCUUCCCAUGUGAGCGAUGGCUGGCCAAGUCAGAAGAUGAUGGGGAGUCGGUGAGGGAGUUAGUACCGUCGACCAUCAUUCAGGCGAAGCUCCUGAGGGAUGGGACCCUGAAGCACUCUGAGAUCGAGGUGGAGGAUGCUCUGGAGACUCACACAUAUAAGGUUUCUGUGAUGACGGGUGACAUGUAUGAGGCCGGGACGGAUGCCAACGUUUUCCUCACUAUCUAUGGAGACUUGGGCGACACAGGAGAGCGCAAACUCAGCAAGUCUGAGACCAACAGCAACAAGUUUGAGAGGGGAUCGGUGGACAAGUUCACAGUUGAAGCAGUGGACCUAGGGCAGGUCUAUAAGAUAAAAAUUCGCCAUGACAACAGCAUGAUCAGUCCAGACUGGUACCUGGACCAGGUGGAGGUGUUUGAUGUGGACACGGAGGAGGUUUUCCUGUUCCUAUGUGAGCGCUGGCUCUCCAAAAAGAAGGAGGACAAGUGCAUUGAGAGGUUUUUCUAUGUCAAGGGAUACAAGGGAGUGAGAGAUUCAUCCAAGAGUGUAAAGGGCUCCACUAUGAAUGUGAAAAGCCUGGACAGCAACAUGAACAAGAAGAAUAAGAAGAAAAAGGGGGAGGAUGACAUCCCUGAUGAAGUACACUUCAUUCCUUACCACUUCACUAUCGCUACUGGCACGGAGCGUGACGCCAGCACCACCAGCCGCGUUUUUGUCAUCGUUAUGGGACCCAACCAGAAACAGACAGAACGCCUCUGGUUGGACCUGCCUGCAGAUAAGGCGAGCUUUGCUGCUGGGAGCCUAGAAAAAUUUGAAGUUUACGCUGCCGAUGUUGGGGAGAUCAAGAAGGUGGAGCUGGGGCAUGAUGGGGCAACUCCCGAGAGCUGCUGGUUGGUGGAUGAACUGUCCGUCGCCGUGCCGACCAAAGGGGUGAAGUACAUCUUCCAGUGCAAAUGCUGGCUGGCCAAGGACCGGGGGGACGGGCUGACAGCGCGCAUGCUCAGUAUUCUGGAUGCGGACACCGCCAACAUCACACAAACGGUCAUCUAUGAGGCGACAGUUGUCACCGGUGAUGUACAGAAUGCAGGUACUGACACAAAAAUUUACCUGAUGGUGUUUGGUGCCAAUGGGAGCAGUGAAGAGAUCCUCCUUCAAAAGAAUGAGGACAGGUUUGAGAGAGGCCAAGAAGAUACCUUCCUCUUGGAGGUUGAUGACAUUGCUCCAUUGAAAAAGAUAAGGGUGCGGAUCGAUGGGUCCGGGAGUCGGCCUGACUGGUUCCUUGAUACGAUCAUUUUGCGGAAUCUGACCACUGAGGAAGUGUAUGUGUUCACCUAUGAAGAGUGGCUGUCAAAGACCAAGGGACCUAAAAGAACCAUGACCUGUGAGCUGGCUGCCAUCGUCGACGAGGAGCAGAUGGUGGAGAAGACCACUUACACCAUUCAGGUCAAGACAAGCGACGUCUCAGCGGCGGGCACAGACGCCAAUGUGUUCCUCAUCGUAUUCGGGGAGUACGGGGACACGGGGAAACUGGCACUGAAGGAAUGCAACAAGGCCAACAAAUUUGAGCGCAAGCAGAUGGACACCUUCCGCUUUGCGGACGUCCUCAGUCUGGGAGAUCUGUCCAAAGUGCGAGUGUGGCAUGACAACUCAGGUCUGGCACCAGGAUGGCACUUGGAGUAUAUUGAUGUGAAGGAUGAGAUCUUGGACCAGACAUUCCGCUUCCCUUGCGAUCGCUGGCUGGCCAAGAGCGAGGAUGACAGCCAGAUACUGCGAGAGUUGCCUUGCGCCAACAAUGAUAUCUUGGACUUUAAUGAAAAGACUAAAUAUGAGAUUCUGGUCACAACAGCAGACAAGGAUGAUGCGGAGACCAAGGAAAAUGCAUGGAUUGUACUUGAAGGGAGAAAGGGACGUUCAAAAGAGUUGUUACUGGAAAAUUCCUCGAAGAAAAAGAGGUUUUUGAGGGGGAAAACUGACAAAUUUGAGUUUUCCUCUAAAAAUGUGGGUGAUAUUGCUGGUAUCUGCCUUUCCCACACUACAAAAGAUGGAAAGAAGGUGAAGACAGAGUCAUUCUGGCAUGUGCAGGAGGUGGUUGUCACUGAGAAAGAGCUGGGAAACAGGUAUAUAUUCAGAUGCAAUGCACAGAUUCCACUCUCUUCAAAGAGGGAUGACUUCAUGACGUUUGAGUGUUCCAAGGCCAUCGAGAGUUUUGCCAGCAAAGCGCGGAGCUUGGUGCCAGUCAAGUACGAAAUAAUCAUCAUCACAGCUGACGAGAAAGGCGCGGGGACAGAUGCCAACGUCUUCAUCACAGUCUAUGGCUCCAACGGUGAUUCCGGACGGCGGCAGCUGCGACAGAAGUUCCGGAACUUGUUUGAGCGUGGCCGCACUGACCGCUUCCUGCUGGAGAUGUUGGAUGUUGGUGAUCUGUUGAGAGUCAAGGUGGAACACGACAGCUCUGGCAUCAACCCAGGCUGGCUGCUAGAUCGCGUGGAGGUGACCAACACAGCCAAUGGGGUCACCACCAUCUUCCUGUGUGGGAAGUGGCUCGACAAAAACCGGGCAGAUGGACUGACCCACAGGGUGCUGUUCCCCAAAUAUUGAAUGAUUCAGUGUUCAUAGCGGUUGAUCAUCCAUUGAACAAACACCGGGAACUGAGGCCGAGAAGAACAAUUCUGAAAAUAAAUAGGCAACUUUUUUUAACCAUCAGAGUGUUUUUAAAAACCAAUUUUAACCGUUUUCUCAGGAAAAUUUUGAAACUUGUUGAAAUUUGUUUAAUUUUCCUCUGGGUAGAAAAAGAAAACUGUCGAGACCUUUCUUUGUGUUUGCCAAACAAUAAACAAACAUCAGACACAGGUGGAGUUUUCUUGCUGAUGCAAGGAUUCAGAACACAAUGAAUGGCGUUUAAUGAAAAACACUGAACAGAACCAUGAAUAUUAGCAGUUAGCCACUGGUGCUGUUCAACAGCUUUGAUGUUAGACAAAACAUAUCUGCCAAAGGAUCAAAUCCUAAAUGUACAGCCAUAGAUAGAGAAAAGUCAAUUUGGCAGAUGUAACAUUAGUAAACCUUGGCUUCACUUUCUGUUAAUUUCAUCAAAUGAUAUAUCCUGUUUUUCACCUUUAUUAACAUCCAUAUGAUCUUGACGUCUUCUACUAUGCAAUACCUUUCCCUUAAAAUAUGUCUUAAACUAGAGCCAGUCAUCAGCUACAUGUAAACAAAUUAUGUUUUGCAUAUUAACUUAUAUUUAUGUAUUUCGCAACCAAGCUCCACAGAUAAGAAAUAAUCUUAUUAUAUGUCUGUUAUAAUAUUACUAUAAUUAUUUCAAUAUUAUUUUCAUAGUUUUGAGAAAAUAUGAAAGGAAGAUGAUUGAAAGUUAUUAAAAUGUUAUUAAUGGCAAAAUGUAAAUUCCCUUUUAUCCACGGUAACUCUUGAUUUUCAAAAAUGUCAUAGGUUACAAGUAAAGCCGAUGCUGAUUUUAUAUAUAAUAUAUGUAAGAUAUUUAUAUCACAAUAUGAGUUAUAUAUGAGGUGUACCUCAACGUGAUACUAUUGUUAAAAUGCAGGCAGCAUAUCUCAGACAUAAUGCUUGCUUAUAACAUGUAUGAUGUUUUGCAGGGAUUCUGAUUGACGAGUGUGAAUGGCGAUUAACACGAAAAUAAGAAAUGUACCUGCAUAUUCAUUAUGUAAAAACAGGAAACAUUUUUACAAACUGUUAUAUGUAUCUGUAUGUUUUAUGAGUACCAGACCCCCUUGCAAUCCUAACCAGGAUAUAUAAAUACCAUAUAUAUAUUAUCAUUAUAUGUAUGUUUAAAUGUAUCGUACAUAUUUGGAACAAAGGAAGUAAAUAA